AGAAAUUAUAAAUUGGGCGCGGGCUGUAUGCUUCUAAGCUAGUGGAGGCGUUACCGAGAGAGAAAACAGACUUGAUUGAAAAUGGAGGAACCCAGCAGAGAACCGCUUUCCAUGGCGGCCCAGAAGAUUCUGGCUGUUCUCCAAGCCCAGAGUAAAGCAGCCAGACAUAGGCACAGGAGGUAUCCUACCAACCAGAGGCUGAUGGGGGCUCCUGGCACUCAGACCAAAAAUGAGGAAGCAUGGCAGGGCCCAGGCUUCUCCAGCGAUAACGGAAAUCCCAGUUCUCUCCUCAGUAUUCCUCCUCCAAAGGAUGAGUUCUGCGAUAUUAAAUUGUUCCCCUGUGGUCACCAUGCUGAGGCGCCCACUGUCAAAAUAAGCACCGAAGUAAACCUGGGGAGGAAAAGCUGCCUCAUGCCAAUGUCACUGCAUGGGAACGCCCAGCACUUAAAUAAUAUCCAAGUCAGCACUGAAAGCAGCACAGCCUUGCCUUGCCUCCGAAAAACGUCAUUGCAGGAAUCCAGACCCCUAAAUGGACGACAAAACACAAGUCAACCUGCACCCCAAAAUCAAGUUCUGCCUGAUUCCUUGAAGAGGAAGCAUGAGUUGCUUCAAAAUAGAACCCCUCCCCCCCAAGUCCCCCUGCAUUUUGUUGCAGCCUUGGAACCAAAAACCAACUGCUUCCAUAAACCACAAGAGAUGACGACUGGCCUGCAAAGACGUCGGAUCAAUGACGGCGCCCCUAACAGCUGCUCAAAACCAGGCUGGCUAGCCGCUAUCUUGACCUCUGAUUGUAAAGUGAAGGAUGCUGAGGCGCUGAACCUCGAUGCAAAAAGGCAUAUGUUUGAGGUAGUUAGGCAGGCUCAGGCAGUGCUGCUAACCAUGGUGUACCGAGAUGGUAACACUCAGUUACACUCAGGGACGAAGCUCACUUCACCAGUGUGUGGCAUCCUACUACUACUUAAGAAUGAUCUGGACAGCACCGAACCGCAGGACUCACUUGGCCUCAAUGACCUACUGCUCUACCUAAAACUGGACUUCACCCCAACAUGGGCCCAACAACACACGCAGCAGACACACAGGACUUUCACCAGAGACCUACUUCUACAGGUGUUAUUUUCAGCCCAAGUGGUCGUGUGCUACAAGGCCAAGAAUUUGCUUUGCACAGUUCUGCAGUUGUACAGACAACACAUCAGCUGGAAACAAGUGUCAGGUUGCAAUAUCCAGGACCCUCAGGUAUCAGGGUGGCUUCUGGACCCUGGAGAUCCCUGCUCUACCUACCAGGGCCUUCUUAAAAAACAUUUCAGGGCGUCACAAUCAGCACCAGCUCAGAGUACCACACAGGUCAUCUCAGACCUUUGCUCCCUCUACUGGCUCAACGAGGAGCUUUGUUAUAAACUUCAGAGCCAAGGUCUGUGGAAGAUGUACUUGGAUAUGGAGCUGAACAUGAUUCCUAUUCUAGCAGUAAUGGAGAGCCAUCGCAUCCAUGUGGACAAAGAUGUGGUUAAGAAAAUGUCAGACUUGCUGGGGGCUAAGAUGAAGCAGUUAGAGGAAGAAGCCCAUCGAGCUGCUGGACAAAUGUUCCUUGUUACCAGCAACAUUCAGCUGAGAACUGUUCUGUUUGAAAAGCUGCGCCUUCAUGAGCUCUGUGAGAACAAGAGGCUUCCCAAGACUUUCAGCACACAGCAGCAAUCUACCUCGGAAGCUGCAUUGAUGCUGCUACAGGAUUUGCAUCCUCUGCCAAAAAUUAUUUUAGAAUACAGACAGGUCCACAAAACCAAGUCUACUUUUGUCGACGGGAUCCUUUCGUGCAUGAUGGGCAGGGACUACAUUUCCUCCACGUGGUUGCAGACGAGUGUGGUGACGGGCAGAAUCUCUGCAAAGCACCCAAACUUCCAGGCUAUCCCAAGACAGCCACUUACAAUCAGCAAGAAGCAAUACAUACAUGGAAAGGAGGAAGAGGUGGUGACUGUUCAUCCUCGGGCAAUGUUCAUUCCUCAAGAAGGCUGGGCCUUUGUUGCUGCAGACUUCUGCCAAGUGGAGCUGCGACUCCUGGCACACUUCUCCUCUGACCCUGAGCUGCUUCGCAUCUUUAACAACCAUCAGGCAGACAUCUUUGCCAUGCUUGCCUCUCAGUGGAAGGGAGUGAGCGAGCAAGAGGUGACUUCAGAGGACCGGGAACACGCAAAGCGCAUUGUGUACUCUCUUGUGUACGGAGCAGGCCGUGAGCGCCUGUCCGGCAUUCUGGGUGUGAGCGUCGAGCAGACCGUCCAAUUCCAAGACACCUUCCUCCAGACGUACCGAGAAAUCCAGACCUUCAUUCAGACGACCAUCCAGCAGAGCCACAAACAGGGUUAUGUGUGUUCCAUCAUGGGUCGCCGGCGCAUUCUGCAUAACAUCAACUCUCCAGACUGGGCGAUUCGCAUGCAGGCGGAGAGGCAGGCAGUCAACUUUAUGAUCCAAGGAUCUGCAGCUGACCUCUGUAAGAUGGCCAUGAUCCGAGUCUUUAACCUGGUCUGCUCCUCCAGUUCACUCUCUGUGAGGCUCAUAGCCCAGCUCCACGAUGAGCUGCUAUGGGAAGUGGAGGAGUCGCACGUGCAAGAGUUUGCAGCUCUGGUGAAGCGCACUAUGGAGGGUCUUCGGCACAUAGACCAUACAGGUGUCCAUCUCAAAGUUCCCCUGAAGGUGGCAGUCUCCCGUGGCAAGUCCUGGGGUUCAAUGUCUGAGCUUUACAUCCCUUCUUUCUCCUAGUGCCCUCUUAACAUUUAUCUAUCUCCUCCGCCUCUCUCACUCUACGUUUUCUUCAUCAUUCAGCAACUUCUUAGAAUCACUCUGCCUGUGUGUCUCGCCUCAUUCGUCCUGCAUCCACAUUGCCAUGGAAACACAGCAGCUGCGGCUCCUUCCCGCUCCCAGCCUUUUUUCACUCCGUUCGUAUCCGAGGGCAACGGCAUCAGCUAAAGACUAGAUUGCACCAGUUCUUUCUUUUUUUCUUUUCCUCCUCCAUUUCCACUCUUUCUUGUUGAGACUGUUGCUCUCGCUUUGUUGCUGAGGUGACUAUACAUGUUCGAAAGAGUGAUAUUUGAAUUAUUUACUGUUGUAUGCUUAAUAAAGCAUGCUGGUUGUCACUUUCAGUAUACUACGUCGA